CUUCGGGUUCUACGCAGCAGAGGAAGAGUUUGCGAUCGGCGGCCAUGUCGGGGCGGGGUAAGGGAGGAAAGGGGUUGGGGAAAGGCGGCGCGAAGCGGCACCGCAAGGUCCUUCGCGACAACAUCCAGGGGAUCACCAAGCCGGCCAUCCGUCGCCUGGCGAGGAGGGGUGGCGUCAAGCGUAUCUCCGGCCUCAUCUACGAGGAGACCCGCGGCGUGCUCAAGAUCUUCCUCGAGAACGUCAUCCGCGACGCAGUCACCUACACCGAGCACGCCCGCCGCAAGACGGUCACCGCCAUGGACGUCGUCUAUGCCCUCAAGCGCCAGGGCCGCACCCUCUACGGCUUCGGCGGCUAGACGUAGCCGUCUUUUCGCGGAAGGGGUUUGGUGAAGUGCUUGCCUUCUUGGAUGAGUUAGGGCUUUAUUUGUAGUCUACAUGUUCCUUGUUAGCAUAGAAGUCGUCAGAUGCUGCUUCUUUUAGACUUCUCUUGCUGUUCAUACUUUGUCAUCUUGUCUUCUUCGUUCGAUGAAACACUUAUUCGGAUCUCAUGCUGAAAGCAUAUUUGUUUGA